GGGGAAAAAAACAGGCAUCGUAGCACCCUUCUUUUGCGGGCCGCGGUUCGAAUCGACUUGUUGAAUUGGAACCAUCACCCUCGGCCUGAAAAGGUGUGAGCGUCGCCGAAGAAACCAACAACACCUCAAACGGUGCCGAGACACAACGCCGUGAUGCACGAAAUCAUCACCCUCCAGCUCGGCAACCUCAGCAACUACACAGCGACUCACUUCUGGAACGCCCAGGAGUCCUACUUCACGUAUGGAGACCAGGAUCAGUCGCCCGUGAACCAUGACAUACACUGGAGGUCCGGUGUCGGGCACGACGGCUCCGAGACGUUCCUCCCGCGGACCGUCAUCUAUGACCUCAAAGGAGGCUUCGGCUCGCUGCGCAAGAUCAACCCCCUCUACGAUGCGACGCUCACGUCUGACGCCGCCGCCGACUUUCUCUGGUCUGGUCGCCCGACGGUGCACAAGCAAGACGCGGUAAGCCCGAGCGCGUACCAGCAGGGCCUCGACGCCGGUGAGAAUUCGCCGCCGCGGCCCACGCCGUCGAGCGUUCGGUACUGGUCCGAUUUCUCCCGCGUCUACUUCCACCCGCGCUCGCUGGUGCAGCUGUACGACUUUGAGCUCAACUCGACCAUCCGCCCGUUUGAGCGCUUCGCCAUGGGCACCGAGCUCUUCUCCUCGCUGGACAGGGAGCACGACAUUGUCGACCGCGACUGGCGGCCGUUCGCCGAGGAGUGCGACCUCAUGCAGGGGAUCCAGGUCUUCACGACGCUCGACGACGCCUGGGGCGGCUUCGCGUCCUCGUACCUCGAGGCCCUGCGCGACGAGUACCCCAAGUCGUGCAUCUGGGUCUGGGGCCUGCAGAGCCCCGUCGUUCGUGACGUCCCGCGGGAGAAGCGCCAGCUGCGCCUCGUCAACGCCGCGCAGACCCUGAGCCAGGCCUGCUCGCAGGCGUCCAUGGUGGUGCCCCUGUCCCUGCCCGACGGACCCUUCCCCUCGUCCGUCGCCCUCGAUCCGGGCUCGCCCUGGCAGGUCUCGGGACUGCUGUCGGCGGCGGCGGAGAGCGCUGGCCUCCAGUCCCGGCUCGCCGCCCGGCGGCCCACGCUGCUGAGCGAGCUGGCCGAGAGUCUAAACACGACGGGGACGCAGACCUUGGCCGCUGCGUCCAUGGAUGUGGGACAGCCCGCCGACGAGCUGAAUCGAGAGAAACUCGACGUCGAUCUAUUCCACCUAGGCCGCUUCGGACGCAAUGACAGGCAUCGUGAGAAGCCCGGACGCGUGUUUGGCCAGGUCUCGUCCUACCGCGGGACGGCGAAGCUGGAUGAGAGUGAAGAGAAUGAGAGCAAAGACCACCGGCUUUCAAGGCCAAUAGUUGGGAACCCAGUCGUUCGACGGUAUACAUCCACCCUGAAAUUCCCGCUGCUCGACAGCUACCCGCAAAUAUACCGCGACAUACCCGAAGGUGAGACCACGGCGGCGGUGCGGACCGUGCUGUCCACAACUACCGCCAUGACGGCCCGCAUGCGCAACCUGCGAUCGCAAGUGUCCCGGUCCCUCAUGCUCGAGGAACGAGAGACGCUGAGCAACGGCCUGGCGGAGAUUGCCGACGCCUACCAAGACGACUGGUCUAGCGGGAGUGAUGAGGACGACGACGAUGUUUAACGCGCCUCGACUGCGCUAUGGAUCUUACGCCCACGUAGGAACGAGAUGAGCCGCGGAAUCUCUGGCGGGCUUGCAAGACGCUCCUGCACCCUCCCGUCCGCGGAUCGAGCGUGGAGCGUGACAAAGUUUAUGCAGAGGCACGACCAUGUGACGACGGACAGGCACGGCAACGCAUGGCG